CGUUCUCUUCUACUAGUACUACAAUGACCUCUGUAUUUUGUAACGCUUUGAAAAGGACUUGCCUGUCACGUCGUUUGGCUCUGCAACCAUCUCGCAGAUAUGCUUCGCAAUACAAUCGCCAUGUUGCUGGUCUCUCCGGUGAACAAGCUGAAUUCCGGGAUGCAGUGACGCGAUUUGUAGAGACCGAAGUUGUACAUCGCGCCGACGAGAUUGACAAGACAAAUACUUUCCCGAUUGAUUUAUGGCCUAAACUUGGAUCUAUGGGCCUGCUUGGAGUUACCGUUUCUCCUGAAUACGGUGGUCUUGGUUUGGGAUACUUUCACCAUACCCUUGCUAUGGAGGAAAUCUCACGAGCAUCAGGAUCCGUUGGCUUGUCAUACGCAGCGCAUUCCAACCUAUGUGUCAAUCAGAUUCACAGGCACGGUACCGAAAAACAGAAGAAGAAAUACUUACCCGACAUUGUAAGUGGAGAGAAGCUCGGUGCUCUUGCUAUGAGUGAGCCAGGCUCGGGAAGCGACGUUGUCAGCAUGAAGACACGCGCCACAAAGGUUGACGGAGGAUAUAUUCUCAACGGAAACAAAUUUUGGAUCACAAACGGACCAAGAGCCUCAACUCUGGUCGUUUAUGCCAAGACUGAUCCAGAGAAAGCCUCGAAAGGAAUUACAACUUUCAUCAUAGAAAAGGGCUUUAAAGGCUUUUCAACACACCAGAAACUGGACAAGUUUGGAAUGCGAGGUAGCGAUACAUGCGAGCUAGUAUUCGAAGAUUGCUUCGUACCAGAAGAAAAUGUGCUGGGAAUUGUCAACAGAGGCGCGGCGGUAUUAAUGUCCGGUCUCGACCUUGAGCGACUUGUGCUCAGCGGUGGACCACUUGGACUUAUGCAAGCCGCAUUUGACUACGCCGUGGAAUAUGUCCAUACACGACAGCAAUUUGGCCAGCCAGUUGGCACGUUCCAGCUUAUGCAAGGUAAAAUAGCGGACAUGUACACGAAACUUGAAGCAAGUCGUGCAUAUGUGUAUGCAGUAGCCAGAGCAUGCGAUGAGGGACAUAUCUCGAGACGAGACUGCGCGGGAGCUAUCCUUUACUCUACGGAGAAGGCGAUCGAGGUUGCUCUCGAGGGAAUGCAAUGUCUUGGUGGCAACGGAUACAUCAACGAGUUCCCAAUGGGUCGUUUUCUGCGAGACGCCCGAUUAUACGCUGUUGGCGCGGGUACGCAAGAAAUUAGGCGUAUGCUCAUUGGUCGAGAGUUCAAUGAGAUUUUCCGCUCGUGAGCGUGCGUGACCUGUCCGAUAUCGGUAUGACGAAAGACAAGUAUAGGAUUACAACAGUUGAGAAGUAUGUCAAACGAAUCAUCCACUGCUCCUCGACCUCGAUUAUUUUGCCAUGCAUGGAUUUCUUGGUUACUGGACUUGCCUAUGCUGUGAUUAGAAGCGAAGUAUGUUUCAGUUGUUUCAUGGAAGCCCACAUAAGACAAUAGUGCAUGUUUGUCUGUACAAUAGUUCAAAAUAGUAUUUGUGAAUCUUUACUCGC